GCCUUUGCUUGGCUUGGGGACGAUGCCGAUGAUCGAUGAUGGGGGGGACACAGUUGGUGUCGUUGCGAUCGCGAAUAAGAAUGGAUCUUCCAGAGGCAAUAGAGAUGGAAGAUAUGGAGAUCCCUCCUCCUGAUGCCCCACCCUACACCAACACUCUUCACACCCAGAAGGCUUUUGAGGUGCUCAACGUCUUCAGAAAGCAAAAUGUUUUAUGUGAUGUGAUCCUGGAAGCGGAGGGUGUGGAGAUCCCGGCUCACCGCAUCGUCCUCGCGUCCUGCAGUCAGUACUUCUCUGCGAUGUUCACGAGUGAACUGUCCGAGAGUCGUGCGGAGAAGAUCAUCCUUCAGGAGGUGGAUGGCACAGCCCUUUCGUUGCUCAUUGAUUUUGUCUACACCUCAGAAGUGCAGGUUACAGAGGAAAAUGUUCAGAUUGGAGACAGAUAUAUCAAUAAGAUGAGGAAGUAG